AUGAAGGUACUAGUGGAGGUGAUAGUACCGCUCAAGAGAGUUGGGGACAAGUUCGUGGAAGCUUGUAUGGAUAUAGAGUGGGAUGCUGAUAUCUUAUCGGCUACUGCUUCUGAUGUGUUGUUUGGUGAGGAACUAAUCCAGAAUAUAUAUCGUGAGCCCAAAGAAACAGAAAACGCUGACUGUACGGGAAACACGGAGAACGCUGAGACACAAGGGACAACAAGUAUGGGCGAAAUAGAACCAGGACUCGCACAAACUGAUUGUUACACGUUCGAAUCACAGAAUCACGAUCAGGACUCUCUAUCUGAUGCUGAGAGACUCGCAGAGAUACAAAGCUAA